CUGGGGAGAUACGCGUCUGCAAAAAGGGGAACAAGGUGGUUUGCGACACUUGCUUGUAGUACAGUUUGUUCCCACAUUGGAGCCCUUCUCCCCCCGCGGUCCUCCCUGUCCGACCGCUCAGUGCUAACAGCGGUUACAGCUGACCAGCUGCUAUCAGAUACUGUUAGCCUGGCAGCUAGCCGCCGGCUCCGUUAGCUCAGCUGCUGCAGUAAAACGGCCACAACUGAAACCGAGCUCCAUUAAAGCUCGUCAUAAAUAAAACGGGGAAACUCCAGCUCCAACAGUUGUUUAUUUCUUGUUUAUUCCAUUUCCCAUGCGGACUUUGUGUCGGCUUGCUCCAGCAGCAGUGAGCUUGAAUCGGUCUAUCGGCCGCUGGAGGCUGCAGAGAUGUCGCUGUGCAGGGCUGCUACCCGCCUCCUCGGAAGACGGAAAGGCUUCCUCCCAGAACAGUUAAAGAGGAUCGCCUUCGACAUGUCCUCCUUCUCCUCCUCGGCUGCCGGUAAGAGGCUGCGGGUCCUGGUUGACAUGGAUGGGGUGCUGGCGGACUUUGAGGGGGGGUUCCUGAGAAAGUACCGGGCGAGAUACCCGGACGAUCCCUUCGUCCCGCUGGAUGACAGGAGAGGCUUCUGGGUGUCAUCGCAGUACGGCCAGCUGAGGAGCGACCUCUGUGAAAAAGCCAUCAGUAUCUGGGAGUCCAAAGGCUUCUUCAUAGACUUGGAUCCUCUGCCUGGAGGCGUGGAGGCGGUGAAAGAGAUGGCCAGGAUGGAUGACACAGAUGUCUUUAUUUGCACCAGCCCCAUUAAACAUUACAAACACUGCCCAUAUGAGAAGUACGCCUGGGUGGAGAAACAUUUUGGUCCUGACUUUCUGGAGCAGGUCAUCCUGACCAGAGACAAAACUCUGAUUGCUGGUGACCUCCUCAUAGACGACAAGCCUGACAUUCAGGGUGUGGAACCGAGACCAGUUUGGGAACACAUCCUGUUCACUGCCUGCCACAACAAGCAUCUGUCCGUCGGUCCCUCACAGAGACGCCUCCUGUCUUGGUUGGACGACUGGCGUGGCGUCCUGGACAGCAAAAGGCAGUGAGGGAUCCUGAUUCCCCCGCAUCCUUUGCACGCUGGUAACCAGGACAACCAGAGGGUCAUGGACGGCACGUCGUCUCACUUUUAGAGUUGCGUCAGGAUGAAUGGAUCAACCUUUCCUGGA